AUGGGCCGGCCCUGGUGGUGAAAGUACUUUGAGCAAUGUGGACAGAAGGGCUGCACAUGACCUUGAAACCAAUCUUGCCAAGCACCAUCUAUUAAGCAACUCUUCAUUCCAUUCUUGUACAACAGGUCGAUCCAUUGAUUGUGGUAACUUAGUGGAACAUUUGGGUCAGAGUUCUAAUGCUGCAAUAAGGGAAUGGAAUCAUACUAUCAUAUCCCUUCCUCCUCAUCACAUGCCAGUAGUCUCAG